AGGCUCGGAAAGCCUGCCUCCGUUGUUGGCUGUUUCAAUCAAACGUCAUUCUCGAAGCAUCCUGCCGCUUACAACCGUGUUCAAUGCCUCGUCUCAUGUAUGGUUGUGUCCAGUCCGGACUUCAUUCUCUAUUCCGAUCCAGCAUUAAAUCAAGUCGUCAUUGUCUGUGUACAACGGCUACGAUGAUAUCGAUGCCUUAUCAAUUCGCGCCGAUUCCAACAAAUCUUCUCUUAGCACCCAGACCAACAAGCAUCCAUCCUCCUCCUGUGAUCUCGACACCGGCGAGCCCGCUUAGCGCCUGCAUAAAUAUGCUUCGACUUUGCCACUGCCUUGGGUCUGGGGCUAGGGGCAUUUUUGAGAGUGCGGAUCGUGUCUGCCAAGAGAAUCUUUUCUUCGGGAUGAACCAAUGCACAGGACUCGAUGGAAAGUCGCCGUCGCGUGGGAUGAGAAAGAUAGAGCACUUAUAAGCGCCGCUUUGGCUUCUUCGUCCGGCCAACAAGGACCAUGGCGUGGUACCUCAU